AUGGAAAAAUCCAAGUGCAUCAUCUGUGGGUCGACGAGCUUCCGGAUAGAAGAGGCCCAGCUGGUGUGCAACGAAUGCAACUACGUGAACGAAAUUCAACAGGAACAAUUCGAAGAUGACUAUGAGGAACACCCCAUAGACGAUCAUGUCAAUAAAGAAUACCUUGAGAAAGACUUUUACGACAUUCUGAAGAAACUCUACAGAAAUGAUAAGUUAAUCUCCAAGAUUAAAAAUUACGUCUUCAAAGAAAAUGAUGAAUUUUUUGUAAGGUACCAGAAGGUCUUGCUAAAUUUUCUGUAUGUCUUUGUGUCGGAACAUCAUUUGCCUCUUCUUCUUUACGAUGAAAUGAGGAAAAUUUGGUUCCACUUACUAAAGGUGAAUAUAAUGAACACAAAUGUGUACGUCCCUAUGGGCGAUGCGAAAGAUUCAGUCAAAUCCGUCUUCGAAGUUAUCCGGGCACAGAAACUGAAAGAUACUGUUGGGGACAUUCUGAACAAUGGAAACGUCAUUAAGGAGAUGAAAAAUGUGAUUAAAAAAAUGGGACUUAGUAAGUUAUCCUACUUUUUCAUCAUACAGAAGAAAAUCAUCAACGAGACGAGCAAGUCACUGGAAUUCCUCCCCAGAAAAAGUCAGAUCCUUAGACGGUCCGAUAUUAAACUGUUAAAUCUGUACAAACAGACUGCCCUCUUAGAUAGCGAAAAAAACAACAAGGAAGACUUUUUAAAGAUUAAUGAAAUAAUUCAUAACAUUCGGAGGGCGAGGCUGUCCAAUGAGGGGGAAGAAACUCACCAGGAUGGAGGUCACCAAGAUGGAGAUCACCAUUUUGCCAUUUCAAAUGUCACUGCCAAGGGGGAGGGUGCAAAUCCAGGGGGAUAUGUGGAUCACGGCAAGAGGCAGGAAGGGACACUCUCUAAUCAGCAAAUGAUGGAAGAACCACCCAGGCCAAACAAUUUCGCCGACAAUUACGAAGAUUUUGAUGUCUAUGAGAGGGCUGAGGAGGAUGGAAUGUUCAAUCUGGGCGACUUCGCCGAGUUUGACCAGUUUGGACAGCCGGAGCAGUUUGGACAGCCGGACCAGUUUAGCCAGCUCGACCACUUUGGCCAGUUGGACCAGUUCGACCAGUUGGACCAAUUUGACCAGCCGGACCAGCCUCAUCAGGGGGACCCAUCAGACCGGGCCGCUACCACCCCAAAGGAUGUCGCCAACUUCAACCAAGACGAAAAUUACGCGCACGCCGAACGAGUGUACCACUUCUACUCGUCCUUCCUAAUCAAUCAGUUACUCGAAAAUAAAAAACUAUUCAGACCAAUCGAUUCCAAUGUUUCCACAAAUUACAUGAACAGAUCCAUUAACCACACGAAUGUUAUCGAUUUAAUAUACCAGCAUGAUUUUUUAUAUUACUUCCACGAGGAGCUGAGGAAAAAAUGUGAUAUUGAAUUUUUGUCCUUCUACGACAUAAUGCAAGUGUUCAAAGGGGAUUACGAUUAUUUGUUUCCCCCCUCCUUGGGGCUGAGCACAGGUCCGUACAUCCCCGUCGGUCAGACGGAAACGAGUAGGAGUAUCCCCCCCCAAGGGAAAGGGGACGGAGACGAGGGACACACCUCCCAAGAGGACCUCUUCGCACAGGAGGGGCGCUUAUCCCAGGAGGGUCGAUUCCCCGAGGAGGGUCCCUUCUCUGAGGACCCCUUCGACGAGUUUACCCAAGUGAAGGAUGAUCCAGGCGACAGCUUCGGAUUCCAAAUGAGCGAGAGGCCCUUUUACGAGGAGCUCAAAAUGGAGCAGCAGUCCCUAGGUGUCCCGCUAAACGGUGGCCUACGCGAAAAGGCGGCGCUACACAGUGCCGAUGAACAUUCCUCCAGGGUUGAAUCCCUGCGGGAUGAUUUAAGCCUAGGAGGAGAGCCCUCCGAGUUCCUUGGCCCCAACGACGCACAAAGCGGUUGCGGCAGGGCGGAAGAAGGCGACCAAGUGAGGGGCGACCAACUGGAAGGGUUAUACGAACAAGGGUUCGGGGAGGAAGGCGAAGAGAAUGCCCUCGUCGAAAUGCUGAAGAGGGACGAGCUGGACAGACAAACCGAAACGAAUAGGAAGCAGAGCCGUUCCGGGGAUGAUGUAGAGAAAAUUUUGAAAAACUAUCAAAGGUACGUUGAACUGAGGAAAGCGAGCGGGAAGGCUGUCUUGCAGAACGAGCGCGCUGUUCUGAUUGAGACCCUAUCGGAUGAUGAGAGGUUCGAGGUAAAAAAUGAGCAGAAAAUGGAAGCUAAAAGAAAGGGGCCUAUGCAGGAGGGUAAAAGUCCAGUGGGAAGAUCCGAGGAAAAGGGAUAUGACACCGACCUACUUGGCCAGCUAUCCCCCCGCAGGAAUGAAGUAGACGACGUUGCAGAAUUGUAUAACGUAAAAGGUGUAUCUCCUUCGCGCAGAGAUGUGCCUUCCCCGGGUGGAAGCAAGGCGAGUUCGCCUCUCCAAGGGGAAGCACCAGGGGCAGGGGCAUCAGUGGAGGGUGGAGCAGUGACCGAAGCAGGGGAGAGGAAAGGGAAGCCAGUCAAGGGGGGGGUUGGCAGCAAUGGCAUAGGCCGUGUUAACAAUGUCGUAGGCGGUGUCAGCGGUGACCCCCCUGAUGCCACGAUCGUCACAACCAUACGCACGGUGUACAAGAAGCUCGAAUACCUAAAUAGCAUCAAACGGGAAAAGAGAAUAACAAUCGAAAAGCACUACUACGACAACGGGCUGAAGAAGGCACAGAAAAAUUAUAGCAAAAUUGAGCUCUUCGUGAAGGGGUGCAUAUUAAGACACAUAAAGGAGGAAAAUCUCAAAUCCGGAAAUCAAAAAAUGCUAUAUAUUCCCGAUAGAUACCUCAUCGAUUCGUACAUUUUUGAUGGCCUAUACAAAAACUUCCUCUACAUUUCCAACCUAAAGAGAUUCAGGACCAUAACGAUAAAGCACGUUUAUGGCCAGUAUGUUAAUUUUUUCCUAAACAAUUACAGACAGUAUUUAAUGGACGAUGAGGGUUACAAAUUCUGCUACAACUUCUCCUUCGAGCUGCUCUUCUACGUGCUGUACUACUCCAUGAGGAGGAUGCAGAUACAGUGUCUUCCUCAUAAUCUCACCUACUACAUUAAUUUGGACAAUUUUAAUCUCUAUCGAAUUUUUAAUAACGUCCCUGAAUUGAUACAAAAAAUUUACAAAGAUGAAUCCUCUCUUUUUUCUUUCCCCUUGAAGAAUCCAAAUUUCUCUGAAAUAAAGAAGUCUUUCUUUUUAAGAAAUCUCAAAAAUGGCGUACCCUUUCUAUGUCUCCACAACUAUGAGCACACCAGUAAGCAUUUCACACCUCAGGAAAAGGAAGAUAACGCAAAGGAGGAAACAAAAUUCCAUCUGCACAGAAUAACCUACUUUAAAAAUUCUAACCAUUUGAAAAUGGCAAAUAAGUUCUUAUCAAACUUUAUUAACGCCAAAUGGGUCAGAGAUUUAGAACUCUUUAACUCCAGUCUGAUUACGGACCUUUAUGGCCAGAUUAACGACUUGGUUUUUAAAUUUCAGCUGCCAAAUGUUGUUCAGAUUUAUUCCAUGAAGCUUCUUCACAUGGUAAUCUUUAAGUACCGAUUUUAUAAGUUCCUUUUCAAUGUAUACACCAAUCAAUAUGACGAUAUGCAUCGAGAAUUAAAUAAGUUUUACUCAUUUAAGCAUAUCGUCCGAGAUUUCAACAUGUUCUAUAGGAAAAGGAACAGGUCUCUGUUUUCUAAAAACGAAAUUAACAGAUAUAUUCUCUACUUAAUGAAAAAAGAGCUUUAUCUUAAGAAGAAAAUUUUGAAAAAAAAAAAAUACAUUCAUCGGAAUAGUGGACAGCUCAAUUACAAGGUUUACAAUAAAUUGAACUACUUCUAUCGUCAGAAAUUUAUCUGCACGUUUUUUAUCACCUUGAGAUUUUCCCUUUCCGUGGAGAAAAAGCGAUUUUAUAGCAUGGCUGCUGCUUGUGUUCUCACUGCCUGUAAGUUCUACUACCCCAUGAUGAGCUGCGACUUUUUUAGUUUUCAAAAUAUGUGCGUUCGGGACAAGUUUGAGAGCUUCCACCGCGCCAACCACUACCACUGCCACCUGCAGCAGGGGAUGCACCUCUACAAUGGGGCACACCUCCAAGGGGGUCCUCACCGGCCGGGGAAGCCCCUAACCAGGUCAACUAAGCAGCGGACCAGGCCAAGUAAGAAGCGAGCUAAGUGGGACCAUCCACACGCUCGAGGCGCACCUGCACGGGAAACCCACGUGUAUAGUCCCCUCCACAGCGAAAUCAAAGCGGCACUCAAAAGGGCGUGCUGUAGAGGAAGGCAAGCUAAAACGGCUAAGCAGAAAACGGACAUGUCGGAGGAGCCAAGCAGUCCAGCAACUCGUCCCCAUAGAAGAAAGCGAAAGUUACUCGCACCGUCGGGGCAACUGGACGCCCCGAGGGGGGGAAUAGAGGCCAAAAGGGCAAAGCGUGGCCGGAGCGACUGGGAAGAAGCCCCCCCGAUGUGGGAUGAAAGCUUCAUGGAUGAGAGCUUAAUCGGUGAGAGCUUACGGAAGGACCACAGGGGAGACAAACACACCGACGACGCAUGUGCCCACUACAGUGACAUCUUCACCGACGCGUCCGACGAGGCAUCCCUCGCGCGCCGCAAAGAUGGAGGGGCAAAUAGUCUUGGCUACAACCAAUUGGAGCAUUUCUUGGCGCAGGAUUACUCUGUGGAUGGUAGCGACUGCGGCAGCGAUAAUGACCAUAUGUGUGGCAAUGCCUAUGGAAAAUUUCAUAGAGAAAUCAUUUUUGAGGAGACACCCGUGGGGGGUAGGAAAACCAAAACGGAAACCAAAAUGAGAAGAAACCCCCCAAUGCCUAUUAAGAGAAUACACUUUAAAGCGUCCAUCCAGAAAAGCAAUUGCUAUUUUGUACCCAUCCCUCGCAUUAUGAAGUUGUUUUUUAAGUACAGAAGAUUUGCCUCUGUUGACACGACGUUGGACUCUCUCCUGGACGUGAAUCUUGACCUUGCAUCUAGUUCCACCGACGAGACGGACGAUGAAGAACAGUACAUUUCUCACGUCGCGUCACAAGAUGACCCAUCCCUGCCCAUUGCACGCAAGAGGGGCAGCACAGGAAGUGUAAGAAGCAGGCCUAUUAACAAGCAAGGAGACCUAAGUCGUAAACGAAAAUAUUUGAGUCUUAAUAAACGACUCAUGCCACGCAUAUACAUUUUUAAGAUUCAGCAAAGCGCUUCAGGUUCGGGUAAGAACAGAAAUAGACAUACAGAAAAACCACUCGUUGAUUUAAAAAAGCUGGUUGUACAUCAGAACCCGUACUGUUGCAAGGAGCUGUUGGAUGCUCCCCCUAAGAGGGUGUCCCCUCUUGAGAGAAAGUUCCAUCGAUUGAAGGGGAGGCUAUUUCAGGCCCUCUCCUUAACCAACUGCCCACAACAUUUAGACCAUUUUAAUUUCGAUUUGAAGAAGUUCUUUUUUUAUGACACCCUUCGAAGGGGGAUGGACGAGUGCGGGCUAUCCCCCCUCGAGGGAGAAGAAGCGCGAAAUGCACUCCGUGAAGAAGGAAGUAAUCUACUCUGUGAAGAAGCACGCAAUGGGCGCAGUGAAGAAGCAUUCAAUCUUCUCCGUGAAGAAGCUUCGGAAUGGUUUGUUCUUCUAAAAAUGGUAUCAUGCUGGGGAGGGAAAGAUACAUGUGAUCACUCGCUUCUGGGGAACGACCCCUCCGGGAGGCUCACGUCAAAUGUGGACGAGGACCCCACCGGGGACGACACGGCUAAGGGGAGAGAGAAAGACACAAGUGGGGAGACAGCCAUGCGGGAUGGUAGCGAUGUUGGCAGUCGGAUCAGAAGCCACAUCACCAGCUGCAUCAGUAGCCCCCCCGGCGCCAACCGAGCGGGGAAGGACCAACACCAGUUUGUAAACUUCAACGCAGAAACGGUGGAGCAAUUCAUAAGGGCGAAUAUCCUUGCGCGGAGGGAAAAGAAGCUCUACCGCGCACUGAAAAAACAAAGCAUUUAUAUCGAUGGAGAGGUCGCAGAGCGGGGGACAGAUGAUAAGUCACAAAUAAUUAAACAAAGACAUUUAAUACAUUCAAAGAGAUAUGAAAUUGUUUUCUUCCGAUACGUCAUGUAUGAAUACUACACCAUGUUGCAACUUCUUCCCGAUUUCCAAUUCAUGGUGGAUACGCUAAACGUAUUUAUUACCUACACAUGGAAUGUGUAUCACACUCUCUUUCUAUAUUACCAGAUAAAACAUACCAUAAAGGAAUUUUUCAAAUGCUUCACUCAAGUGAGAAACAUGCUCCAUUAUUUUCUCCUCAUCAUGAAGCGUAAAGAAUACAUACGUGCAAAACAGUUUAACUGUUUUUUCAGGAACAAGUACAGAAAGAAGAAAAAAAAAAUCUCGCACCAUAUAAAAAGAUUGUUUUUCGUCUUUGAGCUCUUCAGUGCCCUCUACGGAGUGAAGUGUAAAAUUCCCUACCAGUUCAAAUUUUCCCCAGGAGCAUUUUUUGUUAAUAAUACUUCCCUUAUAUAUCAUAGGAAGAAACCAGAUAGAGGAGAGGUCACUAAGAAGAAUGAAACCUUUGCUCAUCUGUGUAGCCUCCUUAAUGGGGGUUACUAUGAAUAUCUUAACAAUAUGCUCCAAAAUGUCUUCAAUCUCGAGAUGGUUAAAAGGACGGUGAAGAGAAAAAUGAGAAAGGCACGGAAUGAACUACACGAUAUUGUUAGGAAUGCCUACAUGUUUGAUGAUUAUAUCCAUUCGUAUGUUUUCCCUCCUACACGGAAAACGCUCUUCCAUAUAACCGUGAGGCAUGUCAAGUUUUUUAGCCUGACCUUUGAGGGCACCUUAAGGCUUGUUAGGGGGAACUAUGCCGCUUGUCUCGACGAGUACUACGAAGCGAUUGACAGGCGCGGCUUGUCUAGCUUGGACGAUGUCGUGACGGUGUUGUCCGUGGGUCCCUCCCAUGGAGGAUUACAUCUGCAGACAGGUGAAGGAGCCAGCACAGGUGGGAAUUACACUAUUAUCUCCUCAACCAAAUGUCGCAGAAACGCACACCGCGCUCUCUCCAAGUACCUAACCCUAAUUAUAGAGAUGUUGAAGCAGAAAACACGAGUACCAUACCUCUUCUGUGACAGCAGUGCUCCAUCCAGCAGGACCAAAGACAGCGGCGUCUACUUCCUCCACCAUGACCAAUCGGACGUCAUAAACGAUUGCAUCGAUUUUGUCAUGAGGAAAAAUUACAACGUUCUAAAUAACAAACAGCUGAGCGAUAUUUUAAAGUAUAAAGUGCUCGUGAACGUGCAACGGCAGGUGUGCAACCAGAUGGAGCGGUCCCAGUAUGACGAUGCGGGGUCGCACUUUUUUCAAAACCCUUCCUACAACAUACAACCCGACAUAGGAUCCUACCAUAUGGUUAAACUUUUUAAAUACUUUAAAAAAAUGAGGAGAAUUAUCACCCCCCCCCGAGAUGUAUUUCUCCUCUACUACCUAAGUUACUGCACCAACUUGUUCAGAAGGAACCUUUUCUCACGGAGCGAACUAUACAGCAGUAACUUUUUAGCCAGACGGGUACUCUGUUCUUUCCUACCUGGAGUCUUACGAUGGGACGGAAAAUCCAAUGAAACUUCAGUCCUCAUGAAGAAUAAAAUUAUAAGUUAUGUGCAACUCUUUAGAUUUAUCCUUCGUGGAAGGAGGAACACAUUUUUAGCAUCCGAGGGGGGGAUAUUCGUCUCCAUCUGUAACCCCUGCAGUAGGUGCUCCUUUUAUUUGGGACGAAAAAAAAAGCUUCUGGAAAAUUGUCCCUCCCCACCUGGGGAAGAAUCGAAUGGCACCUCCAGCUGGUGUGACGCGAAAUUUCAAUCUACAUUGCCCCCUCGGAGGACCAGAGAACGGAAAUCUUCUGACGGCACGAAAUUGGUAAAAUUGGUGGACCUCUCGCAAAGCUAUGCAAAAUUUGCGAGGCGUUUGCGGUGCCCCGUUUCGAGUACGAAUGAGCUCCUCCUAAAUAAAAUCGUUUUCUUCAAUCUGGAAAAUGAAACAGUCAUUAGUGACCUAUGGCAGGGGGCCAGGCACCCUCCACGGAUAGAGCAGAUCUGCGAUCGUAGUGGAGAAAACGCUUCAAAGGGACAGAAGCGAAAGUGGAAAGGAGCUCAGAUGGGACGAAUUCCCGCAGUCACCACCCCGCUGCAACAGAUCGCCUACUCCAUCAUUCUGGACAAUUUUAUCAACAACAAUAGGCAGAUCAUUUUGAUCAAAAAUGCCAACCGUUUUUACGCCAACUUGGAGGGGAAAAUUCAGAGCAAAUUUUACAGAAUGAGAAGCGGUAUUAAAGCCACCACGAACGACACUGUGAAUGGUUCCUCAAAUGGCGGUGCGAAUGGUUCCUCGAGUGGCCUCCCGAAUUGCAGUGGCAGCGCAAGCGUGUGCUCGCUCCCCCUUGGGCCGCCCCCUGCACAUCAAACCAAAAAGGGAAGGAGAAAGAAAACGAAGAGAACCCCCUCCUCUGCACACGACCGGAAGAUAGUAAAAUACAUCGCACCGACAAAGUACCACAAGAAGUGCAGCGUCUUAACAUCUAUGAUUCAUCAAAUGGAUUCAAAGAUAAACAAUCUGCCCUAUAGCAUCCUACCCAAAGAAGACCCAAUCAAAUCGACAGUCACCUUUGAAAUCCCAAGUGUGCCUAGCAAACAAAACGUAGCAGAGGCGGUGGACUCCAUCAGCUUGAUUCAUUCUAAAUUGUUUACAAAUCUGAAAUGCCUCUUCUGUACUGUCCCUUUGGAUGGGUACCUUAUUAGCUACCUGGAGAACAGAUUCGCUGAAAUGUUCCCAAGGGAGAAAGACCUAAGAGAGGAGCUUUUCUAUUUCGUUCAUGAUAUAUUCGUCAAGUGCAAAAUGGAUGCUUCAAAUGGGGGCGACGCCGCAGAGGUGCACCUGCAAGGGGGGAAAAACCACCCAGCAGAGAGAAUCCCUGGCGAAAGAACCCCCUGUGGAGUCAACCCCAGUGGAAGCGCCCCAAAUGACGCUUCCGCUCAGGAAGACGAAUUUCUUUACCUCUCAACCGAUGCCGACUCGUACAAAACCGAUUCGAUGUACCCCCUCCAGUUGAGAAAAAACCAAACAUAUCGUGAUGUGAAGAAAUUUUUUAAAAAAAAUCAGCGUCAACUAAACAUAGCUAUGGAAAAGAAGCAGUCCUGUCAGUUUAACAGAUGCACCUCCUUUUUCAAAGAAUCGGAACGUAGUCGCAGUAAUGCCAUCAUCAUACAUGAGUGUUACAGAAUAUUUUCCAAUCUUUUUAGUAAGCUCCGUAGCUGUCUCAGCCACUUUGAUGAGAAGGACCUCCGUGGGGGGGUCUCAUUUUACACCCGCGUAUUCGAGUGGUAUAGCAAUCUCAGCAUGUAUGACCCCUUUUUGCUCAUUUAUAAUAGACACUACGAUUAUGAUGCGGCAGUGAUGGGGGGUUCAGCUGGGGUUAGUGCCCCCUGUAAGGAAGGGGGAGAAGAUUCAAGCAAAUAUAAGAGUGACACAGAUGGGCAUCUUUCCGAUGGAGUGAUGAAAAAAGGGAAAGGAAAAAGCUCCAACAACUGCGGGAGACGAUUACAUACAAAACCGCACAUCUGUAUCUACAACGAUAGAACCUUUUUCAACGCGAACGACGCUGCGCUGGAAGCUGAGGUGGACAAAAGUGACAAGUAUGAGGAGUCCCUGGUAAAUUAUAAUCUGAACAGAAAUUGCCAUUUCGAGUUUCAACCAAAUGUAAAUAGCUUCACACUGAGGUUAAAAAAUGAUUACAUAGAGAAAAAAAAUAAAACGAUAAAUGAGCAAGUGAGGAAGAAACAGAUACAUAAGAUAAGAUACGUGCAGAAUGUUGUUCGCACGAGGAGGUAUACCUACUUUUUCUUCUCCUGUUUCGUCUACCCAAUGAGUCACGUGCCCAGAAUUAUGUACCUUUUCUCCAUAAGGUAUUUCCCCUCCCUCUUUGUAAAAACAGCGAAUUAUUUGAACUAUCUAAAAGUAGACCAGCACAUGAUUCAAUUCUUGUCUACCUACGAUGUGAGUACAAUUAGCGAGAUCUUCAGAAAUAUAAAAAAACAGAAGAACUCAGAAAAUGUUUUCCAUUUGUUACGCUUUAGGGGGUUCUACAUUAAUCCAUUUUCUUUGCUAGGCAGUAUGUACUACUCAAAGGAGAUUCAACUUUUGUGCUCUAACUUCAAAUUGUCAUUAUGCAGCUAUUUUAAUACGCUUCAUACCGUUUUGUCCGUGGAGAACAUGAAGAGAGAGUCUAAGUGUGUUACCCAGGAGCAGGGCAGACUGGGGUGGGACCCAAGCGGAGCCGCAGCAGGGCAUAGACAGCAGUUGAGCAACCGGUACAGAGCGGAUAGCAAUAUCGACGCGGAGCAUAUCAUCCCAGAGGGAACUCGCAUCGAUCAAAACUCAUCAGGGAUCGACCCAGAUCUGUUUGGAUUGUAUCAGAACGAGUUCGGGGAAAUCCGAAGCGUGUUUGACGUCCCCCGGAAGGAGUCAGACGAAAUAUCCUUCCCAGACGACGAGGAGGGAAGAAGCGAAACGACCACUUCAAACGUAAAUGGAAGAAGGAGAAGAGAAGAAAAGAAAAAACAGGAAAAAAACCCCAACGAUUCGCACAAUUCCGUGACGGAGACUUACGUCAGAACGACCAUCAAAUUUUCCGACGACGCGAAGAACAACAUCGACGAUGAUAAAAUAAAUAGAUUUUUUGAAAAGAUCAACCGUAGGGACAGUGGGCCCUUUUCCAAGCGGAGCCGUGAAAUGAAAAACAUCUCCCUUCUGGAGGACACAAUACGAAACGGAGGCCAAGAAAAUAGGCACUUAGAAGAUACCACCUUUACAAGCCAAAUGAAUGAACUUUUGUCCAAAGAAAACAUCCUUGACGACGAUGAAGAUAAUGAGAGCCAGACUUACCUGCAGCGUGCUCGAAAUUUCAACUGCCUGUCUAUCACCCCGAAUGUCCUUGCGCUGAGGCCACUCGAACGGGGGGCAAAGAGACGAAGGCAACGGGAACAACAGAUUCUUGCCGAGAGGAAGCUGCAAAGUAGACCCCCACCUAUGUACACACGUUUAUCCAGGCUCCCACCAGAUCGUUCCUACAGCGAUCAACCUGUGCACAUAGAAAAGGAAGACCAUUCCAAGUCGCAAUAUUACUUGUUUGGAGAAGACGAAACGAAUGUACUUUCAGUCAUUGAAAAGGGGAAAAAGGCUUCUCAAAGAGCGGCAGCGUCUCGCCACUCCAGUGCAAAGGAGGGAAAGAAGGGGGUAGCGGAAGGAGUGGCAGGUGCCGAAAUGGAAGGGAUUGCUGAAAUGGCGGAAAGAGCAGACGACACGUUCACGGAGAACAUCACCACAGCGAACAACAGAGAUGGGAACAACGAAUGCGUCACUGAGCAGCAGUUUGAGAUGUAUGACCCCUGCGUGGAGCGAGAGGAGCGGGACAGCCAGAGUGACCUGUACGGAGGUUCCCACGUGGCGGACAGUUCAACGAGUCGCAGCUGGAGUCACAACUGGAGUCACAACUGGAACAACAACCCCAGCGUCGGCGUGAGUCACAGUACAAGUUGGAACGAGAGUCGAAAUGCCACCUUCUUCAGUACCAGCCGCAACCCGAGUGUGAACCACAUGGGCGUGGGGGGAAGGAAGAUCGGCCUCCACAAGGCUGGCAAAGUUGGCAAAAUUGGCAAAGUUAGCACCGUUAGCGGCAGAGACGGUACUAACUUCAAACGCGGAAGUCGCUCCAAAGAGAAGAGCAUUCCCUCUAGGAGAGUCCGGCGCAUAUAUGACAAGUGCCUCCGAAAACAGCUGGACACGGAAAUGGCGCACCCCCGAUCAACACCAUCAGAGACAAUAAACCUCUACAACAUUAUUAUAAAUUCGCUGAAUAACCAGAUUCUUCUAAAAAAUGACUCCAUCACAUAUGGGAAGUAUAUAAAGAAGACCCCCUUGGAAUUUAAUUACAUCGUCUACAAAGAGUUUUCUACGCACACAAGCUACUACUCGGAGCCCUACGACAAAAGUGUGCUGAACGAAUUUGUCGAGAUUUUCUACACGGACAAGUUUAGGGAGAAUUACUUCGGAGGUGGACGAGCGCAAAGGGAGGAGUCGAGAAGAGUAGCUAUACUGGACCAGAGGGAAGAAGUAGCUAUGCUUCUUCACAGAGGCGAUACAACUAGGCUCAACUCCGGUGGAGGUGACCCACUUUUUGUCACUCAGGAGGGCAAUGAAAACAGAUCGCAGUUGGACGAAUUUUUCUGUCUGAAUGAUGAGCCUUUUUCGGCUGGCGGGGGCGAGGAGCCCUUGCCUGGGAAACAGGCUGGAAGUGAACGCGCCCGGGAAGGUGAUCCCCAAAGUGAUCUCCAGAGUGAUUUGCAAAGUGACCCCCAAAGUGAUUUCCAAGGUGAUUUCCAAAAUGACCCCCAAAUUGAUUUCCAAGGUGAUUUCCAAAAUGACCCCCAAAGCGACCCCCACGAAGAAGAUAACAUAAGGAGCAUGAUGAACCCAUUUUGGGAGGACGAAAAUCUGCUGGAGAAUAUACACAGUGGACAAAAGGAUAUGCACAUGGAAGGAACGAAUGAGCCACACAUUAACUAUGAAGAAAGUACCGCUUCUCUCUUCUCCGACUACUAUGACAGCAAUGCCGAGAGUGAAGCAAAUGAUUUCCACAACGAUUCCUACACUGUGUGUUCAUUCUAUCUUCACAAACCGGUGUAUAUUUUCGAUGAGCAGAGUGAGAUUAACCAACUGGAAAGGGAAACGCAUCAAAGUAGGGACAUAAAAAAUGACCCCUCUUCAUCCGCAGCUGCUCCGAAAACCAUGGAUGACUUAUUUUUCCCUCUCAACAAAGAUCCACUUUCAAAGUAUAUCACAAAAAAUGACAGGAAACUUAAAAAGGUAUACAAAAAAUUGAUAGGCAAAAUGGAGUACGACAGAAAUGCCAAACGGACCUCCUACGCCAUUUAUGACAGGACAAAUAACUUCCUUCUGUAUGAUUAUAAAUGCGCCAUGUAUAAAAACAUUUGGGGGAAAUUUACAAAGAAAUAUGUCAAAAAGAAGAAAAAUAUACACAUGAAGAACGUCUUCAGCGGGAAUAAUUUGAUCAUCAAUACCAUCACUAAUGAUAUUUAUCCCUACGAUCAGGAGGUGAGAAAAGUUGUCCAAAUUUAUAAGAGGAACAAAUUGUUCAUAAAAAAUGCCAAGGAGAGGCACAUCUCCAGGAAGUAUAGGCAUUCCUUUCCCUGGGUUGGAGACAACAUGCUCGUCUGCCGCAAGGACGUCGAUUUGUUCAUCAUGGCCGGAUACAGCUCCAUCCUGACGCACCAAAAUACCUCCUACUUAAAAAGUUUUAAUUACCACUCGGCAAAUCCGUUUAUCCCUUUAUAUUAUAAAACCUUGUCAAGGAAUUUAGAUCACCUCAGCACAAUGAUGUGCCUUCUCAUCAAGGCCUUCAGCUCCUACAUGGGAUGCCCAUCCAAUGACUUAAUUACGGCUUGCAAAGAAGUGGAAUGUAUAUUUUUUCGGUUCUGUUUGUAG